UUUGAUCUGGUCUCAGUGUUGUUUUAACAGCGAAGUACGCCAGUGCGAGAGUUUCCUGAUUUCAACCAAGCCCAGACACAACCUGUUGAACAGCUAAGACCGGGCACUGCAUCCCACUGCAAAUUACAAAUCAAAUAUCUGCAAAGAUUAUACUUCAAAUUGAACUGAUAUCAUAAAAAAUGUGUGGAAUCUUUGCCUAUCUGAAUUAUCUGACGCCCAAGUCGCGUCAAGAGGUGCUUGACCUGUUGGUCACAGGCUUGAAGAGAUUGGAGUAUCGCGGAUACGACUCCACUGGCGUAGCUAUCGACUCACCCGAUAAUAAAAACAUCGUAAUGGUCAAGCGCACCGGGAAGGUGAAAGUCCUUGAGGAGGCAAUCCAGGAGCACUUCAGUGGAGGAGACUACAGCGAGCCCGUGCUGACCCACAUCGGCAUUGCCCACACCCGUUGGGCCACCCAUGGCGUUCCCUGCGAGAGGAACUCCCAUCCACACCGCUCUGACGACGGAAACGGCUUUGUUGUGGUUCACAACGGCAUCAUCACCAACUACAACGACGUGAAGACUUUUCUGGCAAAGCGCGGCUACGAGUUCGAGUCAGACACGGACACGGAGGUUUUCGCGAAGCUGGUGCACCAUCUGUGGAAAACCCACCCCACGUACUCAUUCCGCGAGCUGGUCGAGCAGGCCAUCCUUCAAGUGGAAGGCGCCUUUGCUAUUGCGGUGAAGUCCAAGCACUUUCCUGGAGAGUGUGUGGCCUCGCGGCGUAGCUCUCCCCUUCUGGUAGGAAUCAAGACAAAGACACGUCUUGCCACAGACCACAUCCCAAUUCUAUACGGAAAAGAUGACAAGAAGCAAAACCUCGAUCAAGAUGCUGACCCUGGCAAACCUCAAGAAAUUCGUCCACAUGGACAAUCCCGUGAACUGCCAGUCCUUCCGCGUUCGGAGAGCACUUCUGAGUUUAUGCCCUUGGAAGAAAAGGAAGUAGAAUACUUCUUCGCAUCGGAUGCCUCGGCCGUCAUUGAGCACACUAACCGGGUGAUCUAUUUGGAGGACGACGAUGUGGCCGCAGUUCGGGACGGAACUCUGAGUAUUCAUCGUCUAAAGAAAAGUUUAGAUGACCCGCAUGCCCGUGAGAUCACUACAUUAAAGAUGGAAAUCCAACAGAUCAUGAAGGGCAACUAUGACUACUUCAUGCAGAAGGAGAUUUUUGAGCAGCCCGACUCUGUGGUCAACACGAUGCGUGGUCGCGUUCGCUUCGACGGUAACGCGAUUGUGCUCGGCGGUAUCAAGGACUACAUUCCGGAAAUCAAACGUUGUCGCCGUCUCAUGCUGAUCGGGUGUGGCACGUCUUACCACAGCGCCGUAGCCACCAGGCAGCUGCUCGAAGAGCUCACUGAGCUUCCUGUCAUGGUCGAGCUGGCGUCUGACUUCCUGGACCGCAACACACCAAUCUUCCGCGACGACGUCUGCUUCUUUAUAUCGCAGUCCGGCGAGACGGCGGACACCCUAAUGGCUUUGCGAUACUGCAAACAGCGGGGAGCCCUGAUUGUGGGCAUUACAAACACUGUAGGCAGCAGUAUCUGCCGGGAAUCGCAUUGUGGAGUCCACAUUAACGCUGGCCCCGAGAUUGGAGUGGCCUCUACAAAGGCAUACACCUCGCAGUUCAUUUCCCUGGUGAUGUUCGCACUGGUUAUGUCAGAGGAUCGUCUUUCACUGCAACAGCGACGGCUGGAGAUCCUGCAAGCGCUGUCCAAGCUUGCUGACCAAAUCCGCGAAGUUCUCAAGCUUGAUACAAAAGUUCAAGAGCUGGCCAAAGACCUUUACCAACACAAGUCGCUACUUAUCAUGGGUCGCGGCUACAAUUUCGCAACCUGUCUGGAAGGUGCCCUGAAAGUCAAGGAGCUGACCUACAUGCACAGCGAGGGCAUUAUGGCCGGUGAACUAAAGCACGGCCCUCUGGCCCUCGUGGACGACUCCAUGCCAGUUCUAAUGAUAGUCCUUCGGGACCCCGUUUAUGUCAAGUGCAUGAACGCUCUGCAGCAGGUCACAUCGCGCAAGGGCUGCCCUAUUAUUAUUUGUGAGGAGGGAGACGAGGAGACCCAGGCCUUCUCAUCCCGGCACCUCGAGAUCCCUCGCACCGUUGACUGUCUGCAGGGAAUUCUCACCGUUAUUCCCAUGCAACUCUUAUCCUAUCAUAUUGCCGUGCUGCGCGGGUGCGAUGUUGACUGUCCUAGAAACCUGGCCAAGUCCGUGACGGUUGAGUAAGGCAGCUGAAAAAUUCGACAACGACAACUGGUCGGACCUUGUUUUUUUAUAUAUAAUAAUCUCCAUAUAAAUCAGUUACAAACACACAUUUUACACCAUUAAAAAGAUUUAUUAACAUUUUUA